CUUGCUUUGUAAUUUGAGAAAUUGCUAAAAAAGCGUUUAUUAAAGAAGAAAGUACUAAUUAGCUGUUGAAUCAUGAUAAUCUAUUUAUUUAUUUUAAGGCAUUGUUGUCAAUUGACUUUCUAUCAACUAGUAAUUGUGCACUUAGUACAAAAACUUUUCUUUUAUUUACCUAGUAUUGUAUUAACAGGACUAGGAGACAACGGCCGCAUUCCUACAAUUCAGGAACAUAUGGAACUUAAAACAACUAUCUGUCAACCAACAUCGAAGUCAGAAUCUUCAAUACGAACACCAAGGCAGAUCUACUGUACGGAGCUGAAACGUGGAGCAGUAUCACAACCAUUAUCAAAACAUACGAGUAUUGAUAAACAGUUGUCUACGCAAAAUACUCAACUAGUGUUGACCGGAUACCAUCAAGAAUAGCCUUCUGUGAAAGAGAACAAACCAAAUUUGAGCUGAAGACGGAAUUAGGAAAAAAACUUUCGAAGUGGAUAGGAUAUAUAUUGCGGAAAUCCCCAAACUGCAUCGUGAGGCAAUCUCUGACUUGGAAUCCAGAAGGGAAACGGAUGAGAGGAUGACCAAAGAACACAUUGCGUCGAUAAUUGGGAG